AGAACGCACAAAAAUGAAGCACGCUGCUAUCGAAUGUCUGUCUUUAUUCCAAAAUUCGUUGUCAUUAAAUCGCAGCAAACAUUUACUCAUUCUUGGCACUGGAAUUUCUGGACUGUAUCUUGUUGGACAAAUCUACGUCUCUUACAAGAAAGCCCAACGCAGUUUUAUUAUUUUUACAGGAAGAAAUGGGCUUCUGUGGAGAAGAAUAUGGUUAUCCUUCAUCAGUUUGAACGGGGAAAAUUCACGCCCAAUGUUUCUCCGUAGCCCCCUGAAGUUGGAGACAUACCUGAGAAUGACUGGCAUUCCUUAUGAGAAUAAAUUUGAGGAACCAAUGGGUCUCAAAGGUAAAACUCCAUGGAUCACACUUAAUGGUGACAAGAUUGCUGACUCACAGCUGUGCAUGGAGCUGUUGGCCAGAAAGUUCCACAAAGAUUGCAGUUCUCACUUGUCACCCAAAGAGCAAGCCAUAGUGUGGUCAUUCCACAUUAUGGCUGAGGAGCAUCUCUAUUAUUUUCUUUAGGGGUUUGCUUCUGUGGCGCUGGGUGUACACCAAACGAAGGACCCUCUGGCAAGUUCCAGUUCAAACAACACUGAUUUAGCUUCAGUAUUUCAGUAAUAACUUGUUUAACACAGGUUCAAUGCAACCUUCCUAAAAGUCUCAGCCUGAUAUGUUGCCUUUAGUUGUCAAGAAAUUGAAAGGCCAAGCUCAAGGGCAAGGAAUAGGAAUGGGUCUGCACACUGAAGCCGAAGUCAUUGAAAUGAGCGUUAAGGACUUGCGAGCCAUUUCCAAUUUCCUUGGUACCAAACAAUUUCUGAUGGGUGACAAAGCAAUUGAAGCAAAUUGUGCCGUCUAUGGAAUUCUCAGCCAGUUGCUGUGAAACUGCCCAGGCUCCCCAUUUGAAUGUUUCCUUUCUAUAUAUCUAAACGAUCUCCCUUGCAAAAUAUGAAAUAGUACUUGUCGGUGUAGUAAGUAAAAGUCUGAGAUUAUGUUUAUA